AUGGAUAAGAUUACAAUCGCACUCGAAGCUAUCAGCAAGGAAACCGUUGAUCUGGAGAACAUCCCCGUGGAAGAAGUCUUUGAAAAGUUGAAGUGUACGAAAGAAGGUCUUAGCUCUGAUGAGGUUCAAACGCGGCUUGAGGUGUUUGGAUAUAACAAACUUGAAGAGAAAGAGGAAAGUAAGUUACUGAAGUUUUUGGGCUUUAUGUGGAAUCCUCUGUCAUGGGUCAUGGAAGCUGCCGCAAUUAUGGCCAUAGCAAUGGCACAUGGAGGGAACAAGGGCUGGGAUUACCCUGAUUUUCUGGGCAUCAUUGCUUUGCUCGUAAUCAACUCAACAAUCAGCUUUAUUGAAGAAAAUAAUGCUGGAAAUGCUGCUGCAGCCCUUAUGGCUCGGUUGGCUCCGAAAGCUAAGGUUUUAAGAGAUGGAAAAUGGAGUGAAGAAGAUGCCUCAGUGUUGGUUCCAGGGGACAUUGUUAGUAUCAAGCUUGGUGACAUCAUUCCCGCUGAUGCUCGAUUGCUUGAAGGAGAUCCUUUGAAGAUUGAUCAGUCAGCUCUCACAGGAGAGUCGCUUCCAGUGACAAAAAAUCCUGGUGAUGGAGUUUACUCAGGUUCAACCUGCAAACAAGGUGAGAUUGAAGCAGUUGUUAUAGCCACUGGAGUGCAUACCUUCUUCGGCAAGGCAGCUCAUCUUGUUGAAACCACAACACACGUUGGCCACUUUCAGCAGGUUCUAACAGCAAUCGGAAACUUCUGCAUUUGCUCGAUCGCUGUGGGGAUGUUCAUUGAAAUCGUCAUAAUAUUUGGCCUUCAAGAUAGAGGAUUCCGUGAUGGUAUUGAUAACCUCCUUGUUCUGCUUAUCGGUGGGAUCCCAAUUGCUAUGCCAACUGUUCUCUCUGUCACUAUGGCUAUCGGUUCUCAUCGACUAUCUCAACAGGGUGCCAUUACAAAGAGAAUGACAGCUAUUGAGGAAAUGGCUGGGAUGGAUGUGCUUUGCAGUGACAAAACCGGCACUCUCACACUCAACAAACUUACAGUUGACAAGAAUCUGAUAGAGGUCCUUGCUAAAGAUGUUGAAAAGGAUACAGUUGUGUUGAUGGCUGCUAGAGCUUCAAGGCUGGAGAAUCAAGAUGCUAUUGAUGCCGCGAUUGUGUCAAUGUUGGCUGAUCCAAAGGAGGCACGAGCCGGAAUCACAGAAGUCCACUUUCUUCCGUUCAAUCCAACCGAUAAGAGGACAGCGCUUACAUACAUUGAUAAGAGUGGUGAUAUGCACCGGGUGAGCAAAGGUGCCCCAGAACAGAUUCUCAACCUGGCAUGGAACAAAGCCGAGAUUGAAAAACGGGUGCACUCAACAAUAGAUAAAUUUGCUGAACGUGGGCUUCGGUCCCUUGCCGUUGCUCGUCAGGAAAUACUGGCUGGUACCAAAGAUAGUCCUGGGGGGCCCUGGGAAUUUGUCGGUCUCCUCCCCCUCUUUGAUCCGCCUCGCCAUGACAGUGCUGAAACUAUUAGACGAGCCCUAGAUCUCGGUGUUAGUGUUAAGAUGAUUACAGGUGACCAACUUGCAAUUGCUAAGGAGACAGGAAGACGUCUCGGCAUGGGCACAAAUAUGUAUCCUUCUUCAUCUUUGAUCGGUGAAAAUAGGGAUAUCCCAUUUCAGGUUGAUGAGCUCAUCGAGAAAGCUGACGGUUUUGCUGGUGUAUUUCCUGAGCACAAAUUUGAGAUCGUGAAGCGAUUACAAGCGAAGAAGCACAUUGUUGGAAUGACGGGUGAUGGGGUCAAUGAUGCACCUGCACUGAAAAUAGCAGAUAUAGGCAUUGCUGUUGCUGAUUCAACCGAUGCUGCUCGUGGUGCUUCUGAUAUAGUGCUCACAGAGCCUGGACUCAGUGUCAUCAUUAGUGCUGUCUUAACUAGUCGUGCAAUCUUUCAGCGGAUGAAGAAUUACACGAUAUAUGCAGUGUCUAUCACUAUCCGUAUUGUUCUAGGAUUUAUGUUACUCAAUGUUUUCUGGAGGUUCAGUUUCCCACCUUUCAUGGUUCUCAUCAUUGCCAUCCUCAACGAUGGUACGAUAAUGACCAUAUCCAAAGACAGAGUCAAGCCAUCACCAAUUCCAGAUAGCUGGAAGCUGAGUGAAAUCUUCGCUACUGGAAUCAUCAUAGGCAGUUACCUUGCCAUCAUGACUGCAGUAUUCUUCUGGAUGGCCUAUGAAACUAACUUUUUUGUGAAACAUUUCGGUGUCAAGGACUUCAAUAAGCAUCACUUCAAUAUGUCCGACCAUAACGUGUCCAAGGCAAUAAACCAACAGCUAGCAUCUGCUGUAUAUCUCCAAGUCAGCACCAUCAGCCAAGCUCUCAUUUUUGUGACUCGCUCCAGGGGAUGGUCUUACACAGAAAGACCCGGUCUUCUUCUUGUUGCUGCAUUUAUCAUAGCUCAACUGAUGGCAACUACUCUCUCUGCUGCCGCAACAUGGGACUUUGCCGGAAUCAGUAAGAUUGGGUGGAAGUGGACCGGUGUCAUCUGGCUUUACAACAUUUUAACCUACAUGCUGCUCGAUCCAAUCAAAUUCGCUGUUCGGUAUGCACUAAGUGGAAGAGCAUGGGGUUUGGUAUACAACAAAAGGACGGCACUCACUACACAGAAGGACUUUGGUAAGGAAGUGCGUGAGGCUGCCUGGGCUGCGGAGCAGCGCACACUGCAUGGUCUCGCAUCCACGGAGACUAAAGUGAUGUUUGAGAAGCACACGUUUGGGGACGUUGGUGUCAUGGCCGAAGAAGCCAGGAGACGCGCGGAACUCGCAAGACUAAGGGAACUUCACACUCUGAAGGGCAAGGUGGAGUCAUUUGCAAAACUGAGGGGUCUAGACAUCGAUGUCAAUCCUCACUACACCGUCUGAAGCUGCAGAGUUUCUGGUUUCGCCUCCAUGUCAGUGAUGCUGAUUAUGCGCCUUCAAUUCGACCUCACGUUUUCGCAAGCUUAUUUUCACCCCAUUGUUUGCCAUAUGUCUCCGAAUAAUUCUACAUGUUUACGUGCUUGAUGAUGUUUAGUCAUGUAACACGAACUAUACCCAAUAAGAGCUUAAAACAUACACGACUAUGAUGAUCCAGAAAUUGCAUCAUUGUAUUCGCAACAAUGUAA